AUGCCCUCGAUCACGCCCGAUUCGGCCGCGUCGAAGGCCGCCUUUGAUUUCCCGACUAUCCACGAAUCAUCACAAGCGAUCGACGUUCCAUGGCGGGAUGAAGAACAGACAUCCAUCACCCUACCUGUGCACCCAACAGCUUCCGCUCAUCUCGGCGUCGGGAAGCCAUCCGGAUCCGAAAGUUCCAUGUCAAUCCGAUCGCUCUCCGACUCUGACGACGAGCCGGCGCCUCCACGCAAUGGAAGCCAAAGCUUCUUCCGUCUGUCCGAAGCGGUCUCAUCCGAAAGCGAUCCCGAUGAAUACGUGAUAAUCGUUGACGGAG